AUGGCGACCACGGAGAAAGUCGGCGAGACCACAAUGGAGCGUCCGGCUCCAGGCCAGAUCACCUCUACCGACAAUGGGGUGAGCUGGCUGGAGCGCACUCUGAAGCCCAAGACCUACAAGCCUCGCUAUCCAUUCGUCGGGAAGCCUCUUUUGUGGAUGACGUGCGCCUUUGGCAGCUUGGGAGAUGCGCUUUUCGGUUACGAUCAAGGUAUCAUGGCUGGCCUCCUGGUGAACCCCGUCUUUGUGAAGCGCUUCUUCUCUGAGCACGGAGGAAUGUACGGCAAGCACGGGGAUGUCGACCCGUCCAUCACCGGCAUCACCGUUGCUUGUCUCCAGGCAUCUGCAGCAAUUGGAUCUCUGAUCGCAGGCCGAUUAGGAGACAUCAUCGGCAGGAAGAAGUGCGUCCGCAUCGGUGCCUUCCUCUACUUCAUCUGCGCCUUCAUCCAGGGGUUUGCCCCCAAUCUCGCCUGCUUCAUCGCCGGCCGCACAAUCCAGGGUCUCGCGGUUGGCUUCUUGUCCAUGACCGUCCCCGUCAUCCAGACCGAAAUCGCUGCGCCGCAUCGCCGUGGUCUCAUGGUCGGCAUCGAAUACACGUUCUUGAUCGGAGGAUACGCGCUGUCGUGCUGGGUAGACUACGGAUUUUACUUCGCAUUGCCCAGCAAUGUCUCCUGGCAGGGUCCAUACUUCGUGCAGAUGGGCAUCGCUUUCGUCUUGUUCUCCAUGUCUUUCUUCCUCCCCGAGACUCCCCGUUGGCUUGCGCGCAACGGCUUCGCUGAAGAAAGUCUGCAAACCCUCGCCGAUCUCCACGCCGACGGCAAUAUCAACGACCGCCACGUUCAGCACGUUUUCCUAGAGGUUCAGGAGGCUGUACGCUAUGAGUCGACUCUCGGACAAUGUUCCUGGCUGGAAAUGUUCACCCGCUACAAGAAGCGCACCUUCGUCGGAAUCACCGUUCAGGCCUUUGCCCAGCUCAACGGCAUCAACGUCGUCUCAUUCUACCUUCCCAGCGUGCUGGCCAAGGCCGGCUACUCAGACGAAAAAUCCCUACUCUACACCGCCGGCAACUCGGUCCCGUACGUCGCCGCCACCAUCAGCGCCUGGUUCCUCAUGGACCGGUGGGGAAGACGUCCGCUGCUCAUGCUGGGAGGCGUGCUCAUGGCUGUUAUGCUGAGCAUUGUGUGCGUGUUCACCGAGGCGAAGCUUGACAUCGUGACCAAGGCAAACGGGCUAUACGCCUUCGUACUGCUCUACAACGUCAUCUACGGCUUCACCUGGGGCCCCGUACCGUGGCUGCUGCCAGCGGAAGUGUUUCCGUUGCGUAGCCGCAGCAAGGGGAUGGCCCUGGCCACUUGUAGCAACUGGACCUUCAACUUCAUCAUCGGAAUGUCCUCGCCAGACGCCUUUGCCGGCAUUUCCGGCUACUACUACGUAGUCAUCGCCGGCUUCUGCCUCUUUUCGGCGGGCCUGGCCAAGUUCUGCUACGUGGAGACGGCGAACCAUACGCUGGAGGAGAUUGCGACGGCGUUUGGUGAUAAGGCCUUUGCGUUGGAUGAUGAGCAGGUCAUGCAAGGCGUUGUCCCUAACGGAGACGAGAAGGCUUGA